GCCUAUCAUGGGCCAAGUUCAUGGAAGUUUCCUCCGAGAGCGAAACCACAGAGGGCAAGUACGGCAUACCAAGGUAUGACGGCAAUGUCCACCAGCUCCAAGAGUACACGUAUAGAGUGAAGUUGCGGGAGCUGAAGGAAAGCAGCAUGGAGCCGGCCGAGCUGAAGAAAAUCGGGCCACUAGGCAUACGCCUAGUCGAAGGCCUGCGCGGCCCUGCUUUGCACAUGGUCAGAGAAAUACCACCUGAAGAGCUGGCCGGUGCCAAAGGACCGUCUUCAAUUAUCAAGUGCCUCACCCGGUCUUUGAGGCCGAGACGAGAGCAGGAGGCCAGAGAGUUGUACAAGGCGGGCGCCAAGGAGCAUGGACCCCUGAGCCGGCAGUACGGUGAGCCGGUUUCGAUGUAUGUAUUACGGCGGCGAACAUGGUGGUCCAUGCUGCAAGAUUUAGAUAGCAACAUAAAGUUGCCCGAGGAGAUGCUUGCAGAACAAGUUCUUCAAAACGCUCGCCUCUCGGAUGACCAGAUCCUCAUGAUCCGCACCGUGGUCGGCAAGGCUCUCACGGUAGAGGCCGUGUGUGAGGAGAUGGUUGCCCAGCAUGCCUCCCUUCACCUGAAAGAAAAGAGGACGCAGCCCCACUUUCCGCGGAGCAAGGGGCCCGGCUACAAGGGUGGCUAUAAGAGCGGCAAGGGCAAGGGCUAUGGGUACCUUGCCGAGUUUGAGGAGCUCGAGGACCCCUACGAGGAGGCCUAUGCAGCCUGGGACAGCCAGAGCCAGAGCCUUGGUGGAUAUGAGGACGAUGGCCACAGCUCUGCGUACCAGGCGGCCCCGGACCUCGACUACAUCGAGGAAGAUGAUGGGGUGAUCCAGGCCUUCACGGCGAUGCUGCAGGAGGGGUUUGACGAGACGCUGGACGGUGAGGCGGCCGAGUUUGCAGCCGAGGUUCUUCAAUCCGAGGGCGAGGCCUACAUGCUUCGCCAGCAGGCCACCCAGAGAGGCCACCACGGGUUUCAGAACAAGCGCUAUGAGUUCCGUGGAGAGAUGAGCAUCGAGGAGCGCAAGGCCCGCAUAAGCUCCCUCAAGGAGCGCACCACGUGCAAACGAUGCGGCCAGAAGGGGCACUGGGCGAAUGACGCCAGCUGUCCCAAGGGCAAGGGCAAACGACCCCUCCGGCUUCCUCGGCGUCCUCCUCGGCGUCCACGGCGGCAAGUAAGAGCAAGGGCAAGGGCAAAGGAGGACCGUUCAAACCGAGGUCACCAAGACAGCGAUGAUGGCGACGAAGAACGACUUUACCAAGAUGCCGCCACCGACGAGCCUGGAUCCGCCCAGGCCUGCUGCCCCUAUUGCCCCGACGUCUUUGGAUGGUGUGGCCCCGCCUUCGACUUUGAGCUCCUUGUUGUCUUGGCCGGGAAGACGGCCAGAGGCGGGCAAAGGCGGGGCGAGAGGGACAGAACAGGCCACAGCACCGGGAACAUUCGAAACAGCUUUGGUGGCUCCUUCUUCUUCCCAGGAAACAGAGCAGGCGACAGCACCGAGAACAUUCGGGACAGCUUUGGUGGCUCCUUCUUCCUCUUCGUCUUCAGCCAUGGUGGCGGUCUGGACAUGGACCAGCAGAUGCUCAUAGAAGCUCUGCGUGCCAACAGCGACGUGGUGCUGGACCAGCUGAUCGAGGCAGCUAGGAACAUGGACGUCACCGAGGGCGAGGGACAGCUUCUGAUUACACAAGGACCUAUGGAGCCGAUCCCAGCUCCGAUUCCUUUGGAGCCCUCGCUGACAGAUGAGGCAGAGUCUUUGAGCAUGGCUUCGCCGUCGGAGUCCUGGCUGGAGGCCGGGCUAGAGGAACAAGAACGUGAGCAAGGACAGGUCGUGGCCGACGAGGUGAACGAUGAGACACCAUAUCCGAAAGAGCCCCAGGUGCUAGCUGGAGCCCGGGGAUCCAGUGCAGGACAGUGUCUGCACGCUCGCUUCACCACCAAGGGGACCAACAAGCACUUCUACCUCAAGACGUGCCUCGACUGCAAGAAGGUCUUGGAACGACGCAAGAAGGAGCAGAUGGAUGAAGCUCCGGUCGUGUACCCCAAGAAGCCCGAGGACUGUGCCCACGUUCGUGUGAGUCGCCAGGGAACCAACAGUCACGUGUGGAAGUGGCAUUGCCAAGACUGUGGCAUGAGGAAAGAGGGUCGUGUUGACCAGCAGCCCAGCACUUUUAGCGACGUCCUCGGCGGCACUCUGGCUGGGAAUUUCCAGCAGGGACCCGACACCCCUGCCGUUAAGGUGCUGGAGCUUGCCGGCACCGUGGUGAUGAUUCAGGAGAGCGGUGGCGUGCCGAUGGGUUUGGACCGUCUGCCGUCCAUCGUUGAGAAGUGUGCGGCCGUCUACCGUCAGAGAGAGGCCGCCCGAACCUUGGGGGCGAACAUGGCGGCCGGCAGUGCGAUGAAUGCUCCUCGCCAAACGGCUCCAAAAGCCCGUCCUGGAGCAUCCCAUUCGAGUGGAGAUCAGGCCGGCCAACUUUCCGCGGCCCACCUGGAGAAUGUGACUGGCAAUUCCGUCCUCCAGUCCGGCAAGUACAAAGGGCACACGUUUGAGAAGGUGAUGAAGGACUACCCAGAGUAUGCCGAUUGGAUUGUGGCCCAGACCAAGAACUUGGUGGAGGUGUCCUUGAGGCAGUUUCGCCACUAUGUGGUUCUCCAGAGAGGUCGAGGACCCACCGCCUAUAUGGUCAACGAUCACCCACCUUCGGAGGACUAUCUUCUGGCAGUCCUCGACUCAGGGUGCAAUCAAACGUGCCACGGCGCCCUCUGGAUGAAGAAGUUCGUCGAGGCAAGCGGACAUGAGUUUUGCCCUUUGCAGCAGUCCUCGCGACAGACUCUUCGGGGCAUCGGCGGCCGAGUUCAGGCUUUGGGGAAGCGGACCAUACCUAUUUCCCUGGAGCUGCAAGACGGCAACCUGACCCAUGGAAGCAUCGAGUCCAUCGAGCUGGAAGGCUCGGAGGCCCCUCUUCUUCUUAGCUGCUUUGCCCAGAAGCAGCUUGGCAUUGUCUUGGAUCUAGGCAACCUCACGGCGCACAGCCGAUUGUUUGGCCAGGACCUGACCCUGGAAGAUCGUGAGGGCCUACCUGCUGUUCGGCUUCUCCCCUUUAAUGACCAGUACCAGCAGCAGUUUGCCAUGAUGGUGGAGAAGGACACGCCGGCGGCAGAGACGACCCAGCCCGACCAGGACAUUGCCGAAGAGGAGGUCCAUGAGAGUGACUUCUGGCAGCACCAAGAAGGAGUGUGGGUGCGAGUUCACGUGGUGCCCAGGGAGUCGCUCUACGAUCCGCGUGCUGAGCCGAGUGCCGAGGGGGACAUUGAAGCGUCAGUUCUUCACUGCGCGGUUCGGCGCACCGUGGCUAUUGUGGAAGCCACCGGGGAGAAGGCCGAGUUCCGUGACCAAUGGCUCCCACUUCGGCCAGACGAGCUUGACACCCGCGGCUAUCUUGAUGGGCCCUGGAAGGGGUAUACUUACUUCUACCGGGACUACGAGCACGCGCACGAGGAGCUCAAGGAAGACCGUAACCACGAGAGCACCGGCAUGUUUGCGGCGUUUGAUGAGGAGAAGCCGGUGGUUCUGAGCCGGGGUCAGAAAAAGGCCCUGAGGGAGCACAGCGACAAUCUUGGGCGCGAGGACGCGGCCAUGUGGGCCGAGCUCAAAGGCACACCCGACUACCGACGAGCCUCUCGACUACUUCCUCGCGGCUGCCGUUACUUCGUUCUGGAGCCGCGGCUCUGA